GAGGCGCCUCGACGAGGAGCUCGCCGCGGCCCGCCCUCGCCCGGUGCACGUCUUCGUUAGCGGCCACGGGCCGCCAGCCACGGUCCUGGAUAGCGGCGCCAGCAUGGACAACUGGGGCCACCUGCACACACUGCACGACGACCGUCUGCUGGAGGCCGUGAGCUCCUUCGGCGUGCUGCCGAAGGACGUCCUCAGCCAGCCGAAGUUUGUUCAGGCCGUGCUUCCAGCGCUGAGGGCAGACCUCCAGGUGUACGAGACCUACCGCCCACCUGAGGGCCGAGCUCCCCUGCCCGUCUCGAUCACGGCGCUGGGCGGCAGCGAGGACCCGCUCGCCAGCUUGAAUCAGCUGCAGGGCUGGGCUGCGGAGACCUCCCACGAGCUGCUGGGCCCCGAGGUGUUCCCGGGCGACCACUUCUACACGGACAGGAACCGCGAGGAGGUGCUGUCCCUGAUCGCCGAGCGCCUGAGUGGGGUCCUCGACGGCCUGCCUCGGAGCCUGCUGGGGAGCACGCUGGAGGUGCCAGCAGUUUGCACGGAGAGGCAGAUUCAGAGCGUAAUCCUGGAUGACUCCGCUGUGGCGCACCCCACCAACGAAGCCAUGGUCGACGAGACCGAGCACAUCACUUACGGCAGGAUGGCCGAGAGGGUGGCUCUGCUGGCCUCGAAGCUGCAGGCUGAGUACUUGCACGGGGAGGCCAACAAGGUGGUAGCGCUUCUGAUGCCGCACGACGCAAACUACGUCGUGUGCAUGCUGGCAAUUUGGAAGGC